UAUCUGUUUUCUAAGUAUUCAAACUUGGCUCCUUUUUGUGUAAAUCUUUAAUGAUAUACCUUUUAAAGCAUUUCUAAAUUAGGAUGUUAGGGAGGAAACUGCUUCUGACUUCUUUGUCUUUUUUUGUUGUACUCCUCUUCAUCUUCUUUAUAUCAUUUAAUAUUCGUCUAAACUUUUCGUUAACAACUUCUUUAAACAACACCAUUUUACUGCAAAGACCGACCCAUAUGAAUGCACAAUUCACCCUUUUAAUAGGAAUCUUUACACGACCAGGAAAUUUCGAUAGACGACAUUUCCUUCGUCUUGUGUAUGGAAUUCAAUCCACACCCAUAGCCCGUAUUGACGUAAAGUUCGUUUUCUGCAACAUCACCAAUGCAGAACAACGAACUUUCAUCGCCUUAGAAAUUAUGCGUUUUAAUGACAUUAUCGUCCUCAACUGCUCAGAGAACAUGAAUAGCGGCAAAACUUAUACUUACUUUUCUACCCUUUCUCGAAUCCUUCCCACUCAUUAUGACUAUGUCAUGAAGGCUGAUGAUGAUGUUUAUUUGAGGCUUGCACCAUUAGCAUCAUCACUCCAACCACUACCUAGAAUUGAUCUAUAUUAUGGUUUUGUUAUACCUUGUCCUAGCAUGAACCCUUUUGUGCACUACAUGUCCGGAAUGGGGUUCAUUUUAUCAUGGGAUUUGGUGGAAUGGAUCAGAAAAUCAAACAUUCCCGCGAAUAAUACUUAUGGACCCGAAGAUAAGUUGGUUGGUCAAUGGCUAAAUUUGGGGAAUAAAGCAAAAAAUAGGUUUACAAACAAGCCCAGAAUGUAUGAUUAUCCAGGAACUAAUGGAAGAUGUUCACAUGAGCUUAUUCCAGAUACCAUAGCUGUUCAUCGACUAAAGAAGUGGGAGCAAUGGAUAAAUGUUCUAAGAUUCUUUAAUGUAACUAAACAACUUCAACCUUCUGUGCUUUACAGUAUAUCAUUUGAUUAAUUAAUUAAUUUGAAAUUAUUGUAUAUAUGAUGUUAUUUUUAGCUAAGUUCAUAUCCAUCGCAAGACAAGUCAUUUAUCUCCCACCUUGUAAUACGUAUUACUCUAUCUCAAUUCGUGUGAUGAUGUUUGAUUUGGCAUAUAGUUUA